UAUCAUCCUUUCCAAACGAGGGCAGUCUCCCUCCAUCCCUCUUCAGCAUCCUUUUUCUUGUGGUCCUUUUUUGCUGCAGUCACUAAGCUGGGAGUCCAUAACCGCCUGCCUGUCGUCUCUGUGGGGCCUAUACAAAAUGCCCAGCGUCACGGUGAAAGAUGUCAACCAGCAAGAGUUUGUCAAAGCACUGUCAGCUUUCCUCAAAAAGUCUGGCAAACUGAAGGUCCCAGAGUGGGUUGAUACCGUGAAGCUUGCCAGGCACAAGGAGCUUGCCCCCUGUGACGACAACUGGUUUUACACCAGAGCAGCAUCCACGGCCCGCCACCUGUACCUGCGAGGAGGGGUCGGCGUGGGCUCCAUGAUCAAAAUCUAUGGUGGGCGCCAGAGGAAUGGCGUAUGCCCCGCCCACUUCAGUGUAGGAUCCAGGAACGUGGCGAGGAAGGUCCUGCAAGCUCUGGAGGGCCUCAAGAUGGUGGAGAAGGAUCCCAAUGGCGGUCGUAGAUUGACCUCUCAGGGUCAGAGAGACCUGGAUAGGAUCGCUGGGCAGAAUGAUGGACUUGAGAUUGUUUUGAAAUGAUCUCAUAGCCCCUCACAGAUUGACGGGCAGCAAGAAUUGCUUCUCCAAGGUUGCCUCAGCAAACAAGAAACAGCGGAGUUUACAGAGCGCCAUCUGAGGACGUUAUAUAAGAAUCCAGAGAAAAGGAAUGCAGUUAUGCCUUAUCGCUUAUUUACUCAAGUUCACCCUCCUCCCGUAUCAAUCCAGUGCCGACAGUAACCGAGCACAAAGAGGCACUUCAUAGCGAUGCAUGUGUCUAAAAUACAGCGAGUGCAAAUAUCAUACAUGAAUGUUUUGCAGCAGUCAGAGGUUGGCGGUGGCCUUGUAACAGGAAGGCGCAGAGUGGACCCAAAGCACUCCGAAUGCAGUGUUACAAAGCAAAGGCAUGUUCGUAUUUUUGCCUACAAAUGUGAAGCUGUGGAGAGAAAAAGAAAUGUGAGAGCCGAUGUAGAAAGGAAAGAAAUGAAAAGAAUUCUCAUGCACAUUUUUAUUCAUUUUCUAACUUUGUGUUUGCAGAAUGGUAUUACUGAGCACAUAUAAGUGAUACAGGAUGCUCUGAAUAAAAUGAGUAUGAGCACUGA